AUGUUAGGGUGCUUUGAGAAAUUAGAGGAAAAGAGAAGUAAUGGAAACUUUAAAAUGCCGAAUUUUGCGACUACUUACUACGAGUUCUCUUUCGUUCAUCUCUGGGAAGAACUCCUAGCACAUAUUAUGAAUGCAUUUAGAAUUGAAGUCUUCAAAAAUAAAAUCUACGGUCAUUUACUUAAUCUUGAUCUAUAA